GCCCGCGCUGAGGCGGUGCCGGUGUCUGUGGCGUCCAGGCGCGGGGCAGAUGAAGUACAUCCUGGUCACGGGCGGCGUGAUCUCCGGCAUCGGCAAGGGCAUCAUCGCCAGCAGCAUCGGCACCAUCCUCAAGUCCUGCGGGCUGCAUGUCACCUCCAUCAAGAUCGACCCUUACAUCAACAUCGACGCCGGCACCUUCUCCCCGUACGAGCACGGGGAGGUGUUUGUGCUGGAUGAUGGAGGGGAAGUGGACCUGGACCUCGGGAACUACGAGCGCUUCCUCGAUAUCCGACUCACCAAAGACAACAACCUGACCACGGGGAAGAUCUACCAGUAUGUCAUUAACAAGGAGAGGAAGGGAGAUUAUCUUGGCAAAACGGUCCAAGUUGUUCCCCACAUCACAGAUGCCAUACAGGAAUGGGUAAUGAGGCAGGCACGGAUUCCUGUGGAUGAAGAUGGCAUUGAGCCCCAAGUUUGUGUGAUUGAGCUCGGGGGCACUGUGGGUGACAUCGAGAGCAUGCCUUUCAUCGAGGCCUUCCGCCAGUUCCAGUUCAAAGCCAAAAGAGAGAAUUUCUGUAACAUUCAUGUCAGCCUGGUUCCUCAGCCAAGCUCCACGGGGGAGCAGAAGACCAAACCCACCCAGAACAGUGUUCGUGAGCUCAGGGGCCUCGGGCUCUCUCCAGAUCUGAUUGUUUGCAGGUGCUCCACUCCACUGGAUACCUCAGUAAAAGAAAAGAUUUCCAUGUUCUGUCAUGUUGAACCAGAACAGGUCAUUUGUGUUCAUGAUGUCUCCUCCAUCUACCGGGUUCCUCUGCUCUUGGAGGAGCAGGGGGUUGUGGACUACUUCAGGCACAGGCUGGACCUUCCCAUCGAGAGGCAGCCCAGGAGGAUGCUCAUGAAGUGGAAGGAGAUGGCUGACAGGUACGACCGUCUGCUUGAAACAUGUUCCAUUGCACUGGUGGGCAAAUACACCAAAUUCUCUGACUCCUAUGCAUCUGUCAUCAAAGCCCUGGAGCACUCUGCCCUGGCCAUCAACCACAAACUUGACAUUAAGUACAUUGACUCUGCUGACUUGGAGCCAGACACUCUGCAGGAGGAGCCUGUCAGGUACCACGAGGCGUGGCAGAAGCUCUGUGGUGCUGAUGGAGUUCUGGUUCCUGGUGGAUUUGGUGUUCGAGGGACAGAAGGCAAAAUUCAAGCUAUUUCCUGGGCAAGAAAACAGAAAAAACCCUUUUUAGGAGUCUGUCUGGGAAUGCAGCUGGCAGUGGUGGAGUUUGCUCGCAGUGUCCUUGGUUGGCAAGAUGCGAACUCAACAGAGUUUGACCCCAAGACUUCUCAUCCAGUGGUCAUAGACAUGCCAGAACAUAAUCCUGGGCAAAUGGGUGGGACAAUGAGGCUUGGCAAGAGGAGGACACUCUUCCAAACCAAGAAUUCAAUCAUGAGGAAGCUCUAUGGAGAUCAUGAUUUCUUGGAAGAGAGACACAGACACAGAUUUGAGGUCAAUCCAGAACUGAAGAAGUGUUUUGAAGAGCAAGGUCUGAAGUUUGUGGGGCAGGAUGAGGAGGGAGAGCGGAUGGAAGUGGUUGAGCUGGAAGACCAUCCUUUCUUCGUUGGUGUUCAGUAUCACCCCGAGUUCCUCUCCAGGCCCAUCAAGCCAUCACCUCCAUACUUUGGGCUCCUCCUGGCAUCUGCAGGGAGACUCACCCACUACCUGCAGAAGGGCUGCAGGCUCUCCCCCAGGGACACCUACAGCGACCGGAGUGGCAGCAGCUCUCCUGACCUAGAGAUAACAGAGCUGAAGUUCCCUUCAGCAAACCACGACUGAUGCCUGGUGUGUCCUUGCUGCAGAGAGGAGUCUCCAUUAGGUUUUCCAGGUGUUCUUACAGCAGUAGCUUCAACACCCUCAGCUUUGGGCUUUCCUAAUUUAUGGGUUUAUAAUUUUUAUUCUGAGAUCCUGUCCCUUAUUUCCUCAGCUCUUCUGUCCUUCCUUUAUUUUCUCUAUAGAUCUUGGUUAUUUGUGGAGGAGAGUUCACAGGCCCCUCCAGACUCCUUUCAGUUCCUUCAGGUGCACCAGCCUGGAGGUCAGAGCAAGCUGGGGUUGGGAUUUGCUGUGUUGAGGGGAACCCCAUGGCACACAUCCUUCCCAGUGCAGGCAGUGCUUGGCAUCAGGGUGCCUUGGACACUGACACUGCAGUUGCUUUCUCCAGGCUUUUGCUCCCUCCUCAGUCUUUACUUACUGGUGAAAUUAUGGAUGGCACAAGAUUUUGGGGGCUGGCUUAGUGUCUGAGCUGCAGAGAGGGCUUUGGGCAGCUUCAUGCAGUCUUUUUUUUUUUUUUUUUUUUUUCUCCAGGGAAAGGGGAGAGGGGAUGAUUUUUGGUCUUUUUUUUCAGUAGCAUUUGCAAACCUUUGCCACUGGUGCUCUUGGUGCAUUCAUUCAUUGUCACUAUGAAUUUGUAACCAGGAAGAUCUUCCUGGAACAGUGUUACUCUGGAACAUGCUCAGCUCUGGCUGACAUGUCACUGCAGGGAUGUGAUUAACUGGGAUCAGGCUGGGGGCAGGAGAACAAAGCUGCCAGGGAAGCCCUGACCCAGGGGUCCCUGUGAGCCCUCCCUGUGCUCCUGGGGCUGGGAAACUCCGACCCCUUGCAUCAAGGGGGAGGUGAGAACAGAGUGAACCACUGAACCACUUCCACUGCUGCCUUGAACUGUGUCCCUGCCUGGGACACAGCAGCUCCUGGUGCUUUUUAUGGAUUUGAAGCAGAGCCUUUUGUUGCCUUUUUGUCACAUUGGAGUCGUGUCCUGGGCUCUGCAAUGGGAGCCCUUCCUCCUCCAGGGCUGUUCCUGAGGGAGGAGCUCACCUGCCCUCGGGGUUACCUGCUGGGGCUGGUGCUGUUGCUGUCCAGCUCUGUGGUGCUGUGGGGCUGAACUGCCUCGGUUCCCUGCCCUGGGUGGCCCUUGAUUGAGGGGAGAGGAAGGAAGGAAAGUGUCUCCCUUGUCUGAUGUUGCACACUCAGCCUUCAGCAGCCCGGUGGAGUUUGGGAGGGCUGCAUGGUCAGACCUGGCUGAGCCACGAAACCAAGCCCUGUCCCUCCCCAGCCCCCUUGCUUUAGUCCUCAGUUGUUUGAAAUAUUCCCUGUAAAGCUGCUGUGAGCCUGGAGAGCUUCGAGCAUUCCUCGUGUGCCAGCUCCAGCUGUUGUGCAGGAAUUCUCUGGUUGCAGUGCUCUGCUGCUGCCCAGCCUGCCCUGGCCUGGCUGUCCUGAGGCAGGGUGAGAUCCUCCCUCAGCUGCAGCACAACUGUGGAUUUUUCCCCUGAAAUGUUUGUUUUAGCCAAAACCAUGCAACUGACUCGGUCAUUAAAUGCUCAUUUGUAACAAACUGAGUAAGGAGCCCUGAGCCUGCUCUGUUCCUGCCUGCUCGGGGGGAGGGAGGGAAGGAAAGGAUUGAAGCACAAAACUGCCCAAUCUUGAAUGAAUCCCCUCUAAGCAAACACUUGUGAGCUGUAUUCAAACUGGAGUUAGAUGUGGAGCUCCAAAGUCUGAAGUUACUGAGCUUCCUUCCAGCCCUGGAGGAACCUGGGCAGCCUGGGCUGAGCCUGCAGGCUUUGCAGGGCAGAAAAAGCUUUCCAGUGGCUUUGAGCUGCCCCAGGAGGGUUUGUCCCCCCCUCCUCCACAGCUGGGAGUGUUUCUUGCCCAGUGCAGGACAGAGCUGUGUCCCUGGGCCACGGGGUGACGUGGGGCUGUCACUGCUGCCACUCUGCUGUCCCCAGAGCAGCCUCAGCCCUGCCUCUGGGUUCAGGAGCAGCUCUGCUGGGACAAGUCCUGGGGGCACCCUGUGUUUCCUGGGGGUGCCUCAAGGGCUGGUGGGCUCAGGGAGGACACCAUGUGCUUUGCUGGCCUCACAAAUCAACCCCCAGCCCCACCCUGGCCCUGCUGUCCCUCCCUGCCCGGGGCUCAGUCCUGGGGCUCAGCCCAGUGCUGCCAUCGGUGCACAAACCGCGGGGAGGAACUUGGUAUCCUUUUAUUUAUAAACAAAUCAAGUAAAAUAAGUGCAGAGGAAAGCACGGCUGACCCCGCCGGGGCCGGGUCACACCGAGGGCCCCGUGAGCAGCCAGAGCCCCAGCCCCGCUGCAGGACAAAAAGCCAUUUUGCCUUUUUAUUACUUUAGGGUUUGGGGUAUUUUUUCUUUUUUUUUUUUUUGCAACUUUGCCCCUUAGGGGUAAACCUGACUCAGUGCAAGAGCCUGGAGGGUUGGUCACCACAGGGGCCUGUCCUGCUGCUGGCCAGGCCCUCGAGGCUGCAGGGAGGGUGAGCUGUGGACAGGAGAAGGAAGUGCUUGGAGUGGAGAUUCCGUCCCAGCCCUUUGGUCACUGCAGGGAAGCUGCUGAGGUGUGUGUGUGAGUGGCACACACUGGGGACAGCCCGUGCUGGCCCCAUCAGCCCUGUCCUGCCAGCCCUGUCCCAGACCAGGCCAGGCUGGUGCCAGUGAUGCUCUGGGGUCCGGGCAGCCCUGAGCUGCUGUCCAGGGGACACUGCACUGGCACAGCUGCUGGCUCCACUCUGACACUCCUCGUGCAGCUGCAGAAACAUGUCUGGGACCACGGGAAGCACUCAAGUGCCAUCAAAAAUAAAUACAUUAAACUGCCUGAGACCAACAGGUGCCUUGGGGAGGGCAAAGCCCCAGAGGAGGGGCGAUGCCGGGACAGGCCCCCACCCUGGGAUGCCCUGGCCAGACCCAAAACCCUCACACACGCUGAGCUGGGACAUACCAAAACUCUAGAGGAGCAGGAGUGCCCCUGGGAAGACAAACCUUAGCAGCUCUGGCUAAAAACCACCAAGAGCUGCGAGUUCAACACAGGUAGAAAAAUCAUCUCAUCGUUUGAAACAGACAAUUCCUUGGUUAAAAAAAAAAAAAAAA